AUGGCCGAGCUGCAGCAGAAGCACACGGAGAACAUGCAGACGGUCGACGAGGCGCGCUCCAAGGCACUGCGCGGCGAGAUCGACGAGCUGUCGCGCGAGACUGGCAACGCGGCCAAGGCGGCCAAGGAGAAGCUCGACGCGAUGUCCAAGAACACGGCCAAGCUGAAGAGCGUGCCGGACAGCGUGCAGGCCAACAGCGCCAUCAUCCGCAUCGAGGAGAACCAGUACACACACCUCGUGCUGAAGCUGACGAUGGCCAUGGCCGAGUACCAGCGCCAGCAGUCCGCCAACGAGGCCUACUACAAGGCGCAGACGCAGCGGCAGAUCAAGAUCAAGUACACCAACCCCGACGGCAGCGCCAUCGACGACUCGACAGCGGCGCAGCUGGCAGAGCAGGUGAUGGAGAACGACACGUCUAGCUACAUCUUCCAGCAGAGCAAGGAGGUACUCGCCUCCAUCAUCGAGACGCGCAACGACAUCUACCGCAUCGAGCAGUCCAUGCGUGACCUGAACCAGCUCUUCAACGACCUGGCCUUCUUGGUGAACGAGCAGGGUGAGCUCAUGGACGUGAUCCUCGCCAAUGUGCAGCAGAGCACCCGGUAUGUGGCGAAGGGUCGUGCGGCGCUGAAGAAGGCGCGUCGGUAUCAAAAGAAGAGCCGCAAGAAGCUGAUUUGCGUCUUGGUGUGCGGUAUGACUAUAGUCGCUCUGUUUGUUGUCGUUGGUGUGCUCGCUGCCACCAUCAAGAUUCCACGAGCGACGCCGUCCCCCCCCGCCGGGGUGAGAGGUCAAGGGCGUGGACAGGUAAGCGACUCGCACGCGGGAGCUGCAAAAGCACCGCCGGUGCGGCAGUUUACGGUUCUGUAG